AUUUUCACCAUCACAGGCCACACAGUAUAGGGAGUAAUAGUUCUAUUGAUGGUUUGUAUGACUGUGAAAAUGCUCCUUUCACAACACAGCCCAGAUCACUAUCCAAGAAACCUCCUUUGGAUAUAGGUUUGCCGACUAAACACCCAACCACCCAAAUAGGUGACCUUUAUGGAAAAUUUUCAUUUAAAAGUGAUCGUUAUGGAGCCCAUGAUGACUUAAUUAGGUCAGAUGUUUCUGAUAUAUCCACACAUACCGUCACUUAUGGCAACAUUGAAGGCAAUGCAAAAAGGAGAAAGCAAUAUAAAGAUAGCCUAAAGAAAAGGCCAGCAUCUGCUAAAUCUCGAAGGGAAUUUGAUGAGAUAGAACUGGCCUACCGUCGGCGUCCAAGGUCUCCUGAUCACAAACGCUACUUCAGAGACAAAGAAGGUCUACGAGAUUUUUAUCUGGAUCAGUUCCGGACCAAGGAAAACACCCCCCCACUGGGAACAUGUAGACCUGACAGAUAUGUACAAAGAAAGAGGGGAGGAGUUUAAACAUGAAAGUUCUUGCUCUAAUAGACAACAUCAGAAACAUACAAGUGAGUAUGGGCAGAAUGAAAGAAAACAUGGCACUGGAGGAAAUGCUUGGGAGAAAAAUCUUUCUAACAUGGAGUGGGAGGACAGAACUGCAACUAACUUUUGUCGUAACUGUCCUUCAAAGGUGCACAAUUACGCAGGGCAGAACACCAACCGCCCAGCUUGUAUUCGCUGUGAAGUCUGCAAGAAGGCAGGAAACCUUUAUGACAUCAGUGAGGACAACUCACUCCAAGACUUGGAUGCUCGACCAAUUCCACCUGCCAACUCCAAAUAUCCACAGAGCCCAUCAAAUGGCAAAGCCCAGAAGCGAAACCGAAGCAAGCUCCAUCGCCAGCAUUCAUAUGAUACUUUUGUGGACCUUCAGAAAGAAGACGUGACCUUAGCUCCACGCAGCGUCAGCUUGAAAGAUAAGGAGCGCUUCUUGGAUGGCAGCCCUUAUGCCCAUAUGUUUGAAAUGCCUAAUGAGUCAUCCUUUGCAAGCAAAUCCCAUGGCCCAGGCCAUAAUCCAGGGGGGUACAUGCUCAGCCGUUCCCUUUACCCUGACCGAGUCACCCAAAACCCAUUUAUUCCAACUUUUGGGGAUGAUCAAUGUCUGUUGCAUGGGAGCAAGCCCUACUAUUUUAGGCAACCAGCUAUUGGUGGCUUGAAGGGAAGAUCGGACUUCCGAGGGACUGGUAAAUCACUCACUGCUUUACAUGCGGGUCCCACUGGACGUUUCCAAAAAGACGUUUGUAUAGGAAAUCAAUCCAAUGCCUGCGUUUCAAACAAUAAGAACCCCAGAUCUUUCAACAACUCUACCAAUGGCCAUGUGUAUGAGAAGUUAUCCAGCAUUGAGUCAGACGUCUGA